GACGAUGAUGUGCUGCCAGACUCGCUGACAGACGCGCUGGAGGAUUCCAGCAGAGCCACGGUGGAGGCGCUGGAGCGGGGCGUGGACCGCUGCGUGGUGGAGAUCCUGCUGCCCGAGCUGUGGGACCCGCUCAGCGGCCCCGUGUAUGCCGAGGAGGGCGACCAGCAGCGGUUCUGGAAGCUGACGCGGCGCUUCCUGGAGAACCUGGCGGUGCUGAUGCCCGGCAAGCGCAUCCGCGCGGUCUACCCCGACGUGGGCGUGUCUGCCAUGCUGAAGAACCAGUGGACCGACGCCACCUUUGCCUUCGCCUCGCUCAACGACCGGCGGCCGGUGGCGGCGGAGGACGACGUGGUGGUGCUGGCGGCGCCAGACCCGCAGGGCGCCGACGACGCCAUCCGCAUCUCACAGGGCCUGUCUGAGGGGCAAAUCAUGGUGAUGUUCAACCCGCGGCUGGCCAGCGGCGACGUGGGCGUGGGCCUGUCCAUCCGCCGCAUGCGCGAGUCCUUCCUCUCCCGCUUCACCACCACCUACAGCCUGCGCCCCAUCGCCGACGUCGGCUCCGUCUUCCGCCGCUACCCGGGCAUGUGGCAGGUGUUUGUGCAGGACGCGCAGGUGCAGGGGCGGUACAAGCUGAUCGCAGAGCGCCUGUCACGGCCAGGUGGGGAG